AUGAAUCUUCCAACGGCACACGAGAUCAGUCCCGCCCAGGGAGGCAGCUCAGCUCCCUGGUUCUUUGGGCUGGAGAGCAUCACCUACUCACUCCUGGCAUGUCCAGCCCCUCUGGGCAUUAGAACCUCCACAGGGCUCAGUCUCAGCCACCUCUUCUCAGCUGGGAGCCCGGGUACUCGCAACCGGUCAGAGCCACCGCUUGCCCCAAGAUCUUGUCUAGCGAAUUUACAGUAUUCAGUUUCUGCUGUAGGAAGAGAGCAAGGCUUCCCUGUACCCGUGCGUUCUCUGGAAACAAGCCUGUAUUGGGCCCUGCACGGCCACCCCCACCCACCCCCCAGAAGAGGCAAAACUCCCACCUACCUAAAGUGUCUGCUUCCCUUUUUUGUCCAAUCUUUGUUUUUAUAA